AUGGGAAUACAAGGACUGCUACAAUUUAUCAAAGAAGCUUCUGAACCCAUCAAUGUGAGGAAAUAUAAAGGACAGGUAGUGGCUGUGGAUACCUAUUGUUGGCUUCACAAAGGAGCUAUUGCUUGUGCUGAAAAGCUAGCCAAAGGGGAACCUACUGAUAGGUAUGUAGGAUUUUGUAUGAAAUUUGUAAAUAUGCUGCUAUCUCAUGGAGUCACACCUAUUCUUGUAUUUGAUGGGUGUACUUUACCUUCUAAAAAGGAAGUAGAGAGGUCUAGAAGAGAAAGACGACAAGCAAAUCUUCUUAAGGGAAAGCAGCUUCUCCGCGAGGGGAAAGUCUCAGAAGCCCGAGAAUGUUUUACCCGUUGCAUCAAUAUUACACAUGCCAUGGCCCACAAAGUAAUUAAGGCUGCUCGCUCUCAGGGGGUGGAUUGCCUCGUGGCUCCAUAUGAAGCUGAUGCACAGUUGGCCUAUCUUAACAAAGCUGGUAUUGUACAAGCUAUAAUAACAGAAGACUCUGAUCUCCUAGCCUUUGGCUGUAAGAAGGUGAUUUUAAAAAUGGACCAGUUUGGAAAUGGACUAGAAAUUGAUCAGGCUCGGCUAGGCAUGUGCAAACAGCUUGGGGAUGUAUUCACAGAAGAGAAGUUCCGUUACAUGUGCAUUCUUUCAGGCUGUGACUAUCUCUCAUCAUUGCGUGGAAUUGGUUUAGCAAAGGCAUGCAAAGUACUAAGACUGGCCAACAACCCUGAUAUUGUAAAGGUUAUCAAGAAAAUUGGACAUUAUCUCAAGAUGAAUAUAACAGUGCCAGAGGAUUACAUCAAAGGAUUUAUUCGAGCCAACAAUACUUUCCUUUAUCAACUAGUUUUUGAUCCCAUCAAAAGGAAACUUGUCCCUCUGAAUGCCUACGAAGAUGACAUUGAUCCUGAAACACUAAGUUAUGCUGGACAGUAUGUUGAUGACUCUGUAGCUCUUCAAAUAGCACUUGGAAAUAAAGAUAUAAAUACUUUUGAACAGAUCGACAACUACAAUCCAGACACUGCUAUGUCUGACCUAUCAAGAAGUCAUAGUUGGAACAACAAAACUUGUCAAAAGUCUUCUACUGUUAACAGCAUCUGGCAUAGGAAUUAUUGCCCUAGACUUGAGUUGGAUAAUGUUUCAGGUGCUACACAAUUGAAGGAAAAUCCAAGAACUGUGGGCAUUAAACAAGUGAUUAGUACUAAAGGAUUAAAUCUUUCAAGGAAAUCAUCCAUGGUGAAAAGACCAAGAAAUGAAGAGCUGUCAGAAGAUGAUCUAUUGAAUCAGUAUUCCCUCUCAUUUACAAAGAAGAUCAAGAAAAAUAGCUGUGAAAAUAAUGAAUCAUUGAAAUCUUCUGAAAUGUUUGUGCCUGCCCUGAAAGAUGGAACUAUUCAAACAAAAACCUUAAGCACACCACCUCAGACAAGAAAUAAAUUUGCAACAUUUUUACAGAGAAAAAACAAAGAAAGUGGGGCAGUUGUGGUUCCAGGGACCAGAAGCAGGUUUUUUUGCAGUCCUCUGGAUUCUGUGGAUUGCAUAUCAAAGAAAGAGAACAGCCAGCCUCUAGAUGAAGCUUCUGUCACAGAUAAAGUGACCAAUCUCAGUGAGUCAGAUUGUCGAGACCUAGAAGGCAGGAAGCUGGUCGAUACAAACAUAGCACAUAAUUCAAAUGAUCAGGUUCCAAAGGAUGUGACUGUUGAUCAGGUUCCAAAGGUUGUGACUGUAUUUGCUGAUGAAGAGUCUCAGUCUCUUGGAACCAGCAAAUUCACAAAGACUGUUUCACCACCAACUCUGGGAACUCUAAGAAGUUGUUUUAGUUGGUCUGGAAGUCUCGGGGGUUUUUCCAGAACUCCAAGCCCCACCCCAGGCACAGCGUUGCAGCAGUUGUGUAGAAUGAGUGAUUCCUUCGCUGCUAUGCCUGAGAACAAUACAGUGUCCCAGACAUCUCAGUCAAAGAGUGAUGAGUCUGGUGGUGAGUCUCCACCCUUACAUGACAUGGAGCGGUCUUCACAGUCUCAGGAAAGUGAAGAGUUAUCAUCACACAGUAUAAAUACUUCAAAACUUUCUCAGCCUUCCAGUAAAGAUUCUGAUUCAGAGGAAUUUGAUUGUAAUAUGGAGUCACUUGAUAAUCAAGGUAAUCAGAACUAUAAGCAGUGUUUAUCUCGUUUCUCAAAGAAAGACACACUUCUAAGGAACAAGGUUCCUGGGCUGUAUAAAUCCAGUUCUGUGGACUCACUUUCCACAACAAAGAUCAAACCUCUAGUACCUGCUAGAGUCAGUGGACUAAGCAAGAAGUCAUCAAGCAUCCAAAAGAGAAAUCAUCAUAAUGCUGAGAACAAGCCAGGAUUACAGAUAAAAAUAAGCGAGCUCUGGAAAAAUUUUGGAUUUAAAAAAGAUUCUGAAAAGCUUCCUUCUUGUAAGAAGCCCCUGUCUCCAGUCAGAGAUAAUAUCCAACUAACUCCAGAAACAGAAGAUGAUAUAUACAACAAAGCUGAAUGUUCACAUGUUCAGAGAGCAAUAUUUCAGUAA